AGCAACUUAACCUAGUACAAGAAGUCUCUGGAUGUUAUUUAUGAAUGAGCCCUAGAACCGAAAUUGUUCGUCGGACAGGCAAGAACAUUGAUUGUUUUAUGAACACAAAGAUAGCGGCAUCAGUAUAAUUCAAACUAUAUUCUGGCCACGAGCGAAGAUAUGUUCAGUAUGCCGGGAGUUUUACUUCCAACAGGUCGCGUUUUCAGAAAAAAAAAUAAAGUUUCGAGUGAAUUAGAAUGACCAAGUGGAUUCUGCUGACUUUGUUGGCUUACUUACAGCUGGCCCGUUCCGUAUCUGGUGAAACUUCGGUGCUAACCGAGUUUGAUCGGCUCUUCAACCAGCUCCACUACGAUGCGAACUACAAGCUACGCAUCAUGCGGAUGGAUUUCUCGCGGACCAUGAAGAACCUGAACGCCCAGCUGAUAUCACGCAACGGAUUCAUCGUCAGCGACAUCCAGCAAACGAAGCAACGUGCCAAGGAUGCGAUUCUGGAGCACGGUUUGGCCAUUGGAAACCCGCAGGAUCCAUGCCUGGUGGCGGCGAAUGACGAAGCGAUACGCCGGGCAACGCAAGCGGCACGUGACCUGAGCGUGUCGGCCGAAACCGUGUACAAUGUGGUGAGAUGGCUCCCUAUCGAUAGGUUCUAUUCGGUGGCCAGGACGUUCCAGAACAUAUCGAGUGAGUUUCAGUGGACAGUGCUUGGUAAACUUGGCGAGGCCAACGCGGUUACGAACCUGCAGGAAUUGCAGGCGGACUUGGCAUUUCAGUAUCUUGGGAGCGCCAACUUUGUAAUUGCCUUGGAAAAUUCAAUCAACAAUAGUUUGAGGUUUUUCCAGACUGGCAUAAAUCGUAAUCGACGGGAAGCUUUCCAGCGCUGGGACGAGAUUUCCCGGAAUUACAUCUUCAACAUGGAUCUGCUGAUUGAGGAGGCUCAGCAGUGUUUCUAAAAAUUGACUUUGUAUCAGCUUAUCGCU